AAUAUUACCGAUAUAUAUAUGUGGCUGCCAAAAGAAGAGAUAUGCCACUCACUUCUCCCCUGCUAAAUCUCCGCUCCCUCCACUGUCGUAUCCGUCACUGCCACUCCUCCACCGUCCGACACUUCAUGGCCGCCGCCGAGCCCAUAAGCCCAUCAAGCACUCGUGUGGGCUGGAUCGGCACUGGCGUCAUGGGCCAGUCCAUGUGCGCCCACCUCAUCCGGGCCGGCUACACCCUCACCGUCUUCAACCGCACUGCUUCAAAGGCCCAACCUCUCGUCGACCUCGGGGCCCACUUCGCUGCUUCCCCCAAUGCCGUCGCCGCCCGCUCGGACGUCGUAUUCUCCAUCGUCGGCUACCCCUCCGACGUGCGCUCCGUCCUCCUCCACCCAACCUCCGGCGCGCUCGCCUCCCUCCGCCCCGGCGGUGUCCUUGUUGACAUGACCACCUCGGAGCCCUCCCUCGCCACCGAAAUUGCGGAGGCAGCCGCGGCCAAAGGCUGUCACUCCGUCGACGCCCCCGUCUCCGGCGGCGACCGCGGCGCGAAGAACGGGACCCUAGCGAUUUUCGCCGGCGGGGAGGAAUCGACUGUGAAGAAUCUGGAACCCUUGUUUUCAGUGAUGGGGAAAGUGAACUACAUGGGAGGGAGUGGGAAGGGGCAAUUCGCGAAAUUGGCGAAUCAGGUGACGAUAGCGUCGACGAUGGUGGGGUUGGUGGAGGGAAUGGUGUACGCGCACAAGGCGGGGUUGGAUGUUGGGCUGUACCUGGAGGCGAUUUCCACCGGCGCGGCCGGUUCGAAGUCGCUGGAUUUGUACGGAAAGAGGAUCUUAAAGAGGGAUUUUGAAGCGGGGUUUUUCGUGAACCACUUUGUUAAAGAUUUGGGGAUUUGUCUGAAGGAAUGUCAGAAUAUGGGGAUUGCUUUGCCUGGUUUGGCUCUUGCUCAACAGCUCUAUUUGUCGCUUAAGGCUCAUGGUGAAGGAUAUUUGGGUACUCAGGCUCUGAUUUUGGUACUCGAGCGACUCAACAAUGUCUCUCUUCCUCCCUCCGAUGCCUGAAAUCUCAAAGCAACCAUUCUCUCUAUUGUCGGUUACUAUUUCACUUCCACUGCAUUGCCCUCUCCACUCUGCUGUCUCACACAACGCUAUGGCGUAAUAAAUUCUGUUUUCACAUCAUGGAAGUGUAGCUUCCAGAAUGCAUAGAAGGAGGCUGAUAGCAAUUUGGGAGUGGCAGCAAUGGCAUUUCGCCUUAUUUCAGGUUUCCUAGUCGAUGGGUUAAAAAAACAACACCGAUUAAGAGGUUGUAGUUGGCCACGCAAAAACAAGGUUGAUGUUUGCUGUAGUGUAGGUUUUAUACAUUGUGUUUUUGCUGUGAUGUUUGGAUUGGACUUGGACCUAUGAAUGUUGUUUCCUUGUGAAAGCUUUCUCUCUAUCUAUUCUCAAGUUAUGCUCCGUUAAACCA